AUGUCAUCUUUCUAUACCAUUGUCUUCAGCAUUGCUCUGGAGAUGGAAAGCGGUCAGAUCGACUGGGAUGCUGUUGCAGUCGCAAUUGGCUCAACCAAAGGCGCUAGUGCCAUACGCUACAGACGUCUCAAGGAAAAGAUCGAGCAAGAUACAGGCUCUACAGCAACUCAGCAACCGAGCGCGACCAAAGGCAAGAAAAGCAGCAAAGCACGCAAACGCAAAGCGCCUGCUGACGACGAUGAUGACGAUGACAACGACGACAAACCCAACAAGGCUCUGCCACAGGUCGAUGGUACUGCUGAUGGAGCUGUCCCUAAACGCCAGACCCGAGGCAAGAAAUUAGAUUACAACGUACUUGCAUCCUUCCCCACUGACGAUGAAAUGAGCUUGGGCUCAUUCGAGAGGCGCGAUGAAGAUUACGUCGUCAGCCGAGCGAUUGAGGUUUGCCCAUCGGUUACCGCAACUUCGACGAAUUGCGACAAGAAGUGGCAAAUCGACGUCAAUGACAUCGACAUCAACGUCAAGAGCCAGAAGCCGGUAACCCGCCUCGACUUUCCUGCCAAGCGUCAACCACAGAUCAGUCAUGUGCCUCUGAAGCAUACCGUCGACACUGAGCGAGCGACCUCUCCAACUACAGUCACGUCAUCGGUUUCAUCCUCUCAUGAUUCUGCGGGAUGGAUGCUCAAGAAGACUUUAGCGGAUACUGUACAGCAGAUCGACCUCCGACCCGAAGAUAGCGUCUCGAAUAUUAGUGUCCGUGACGUGAAAGACGUCUCAGAUACCCCAGCUACACCUGCAGGUCUCGUCUCGAACACUGUUCGCUUCUUCAAAGGUCUCCUGACUCCCCAAUCCCAGUGA